AGCUUGUCUGACGUAAUUGCACGAUUCAAAUCCAUAUAGUUUUUUUUAAAUAUAAAAAGGUUGGUUUCUUUUCUAAUAGACCUCGUAUGUGCUUCCUCCUGAAAACAAAGUUUCAUUUUCUCAAACAAUAUUCCAUUAUUAUCUCAGGAAAUGUUGGACUUUCUCAGCUUCAACACAGUGACUGUUUUAACUUCACAACUCUUUUUAUUCUUUGUAAAUUAAAAAUGCAUUUGGCCACGACAUGUCAGUGGCACCGUUUUGAUCGUUCCAAAAUAUCGAAUCUAUUUCACUUGAUUCGAACCCUCAAACGUUCCACGUUCGCCACCACGAAUAAAAACUACACUUCCCACAAUUCUCAAGUGGCGGGUCUGCUGGCUAGGACGACUAAAACUAAUCCAUUGGGUUUUAUUUUGUUGCCAUACUACGUUAGAACACAGUAAUAAACUAAUAAUUAUCAACGUACUGUACUUAAAAGCAGUUUUAAAGUGCUAACAGUAAAAUUAAUUCAAGAACACAUAUGUUACAAAGACAAUGUGUGUGAUCACGGUUGGCCACGAUAUAUUUGGCAAAAUAAGAGCGCUGGUAAACAAGCCAGCAUGAUUUCAAAUACUUCGGAGUGUCUGCUGGUCACAUUUUAAGCAACAUGGACGAAAAAGCGUCAAAGCAGCUGGUGAAACUCACUCAGGAGGGACAGCUGGACUCUUUGGACAGACAGAUACGAUCGUGCGGAUGGACUCAGACAGUCAGGGUUGCACAUUUCGGCCGCUCCGGGGACACGCUGCUGCACUACGCCGCCAGACACGGACACCUGGACGUCGUAGAUUAUCUGGUAAAGCAGAUCGGCGUGGACGUGGAGGUGUACAACAGCGACUACAAGCGGCCGCUGCACGAAGCGGCGUCGAUGAGCCACCAGGCCUGCGUGAGCUAUCUGCUCCGAGAAGGAGCUAAAGUGGACAGUUUAAAGAAAGCUGACUGGACUCCCCUGAUGAUGGCUUGCACCCGGAGGAACCUCGGCGUGAUUCAGGAGCUACUGAGCCACAGCGCCGACCCCACCCUACACAACAAGGAUGGUUGGAACUCCUUUCACAUCGCCUGUAGGGAGGGUGAUCCUCUGGUCAUACAGCACCUGCUCCUGGUCGCUCCUGAAGUCUGGAGGACGGCAAGCAAGACGCACAGGACACCGUUACACACUGCAGCCAUGCACGGAUGUGAGGAGGUCAUGAGGAUCUUGCUUGAGAGAUGUGACUACGCUCCAGACAGCACCGACAGCUGUGGAGUCACGCCGUUCAUGGACGCCGUCAGAAAUGGGCACAUCUCCAUCGCCAGGCUGCUUUUAGAGAAACACCAGGCUUGUCCAACUGCAGCGGACACAGUCGGCACUCAGCCGCUGCAUCAGGCUGCAGUCACCGGCCAGGAGGAGGCACUGCAGUUCCUGGUGCGAGAACUCAAAGUAGAUGUGAAUCAGACGGCGACUGACAUCCAGCUCACGGCCCUGCAUUAUGCCUCAAAGGAGGGCCACACCUCCACUGUCAAAACACUGCUGGACUUGGGAGGAGAUCUUUAUGCUCGGGAUAAAAAAGGAAGAACUGCGCUCCAUAUGGCAUGCAUUGGGCAGCAUGCAGAUGCAGUCUGGACUCUGUUGCACCUCGGAUUGCAGGACACAGAAGAUGCAUCUGGUACAACUGCACGACAGCUUGCUAAGAAGCCGGAUGUGGUGCGAGUGUUUGAAAGAUGUUCACCAGACACAUUGUAAAUAAACUGUGUGUAUACUGCAAUCACACGGAGCGCACACACGCAUUUGUUUGUGUGCAUGCACUCAGUCGGUUCUUGUUGUAACUGGGCUGAAUGGUUGUGGAGAAUGUAAUAAAUCAUGACAUCGUA